CAGUGGAGCGGGAUCAGCUGACAGCGCUCCGCUUCUCCUUUUGAUGCUCUUCUUCCUCCUCCGUCGCCUGACUGCGCUUUCUUUUUAAAACCCCCCCACCCACUAUCAUUUCGUUCCCUUUUGCGUGACUGGCGUCAAAUAUUAAUAUUUGAGCCGAGCUUAUCUCGCUGAUCCCGCAGGUGAGGCCGCCGGAUAGAUGCUGUUGGAGUGGAUGAUGAACGGACACGCCAUUCUGUACACGGGGGUCACUUUGGCCUUCUGGAGCACCAUACUAAUCGUCGGAAUCUGCUAUACCAUAUUUGACCUCGGCUUCCGCUUCGACGUGGCAUGGUUCCUGACGGAGACUUCUCCUUUCAUGUGGGCCAAUCUGGGUAUUGGCCUGGCCAUUUCCCUGUCUGUGGUCGGAGCUGCAUGGGGGAUUUACAUCACUGGCUCAAGCAUCAUUGGUGGCGGUGUCAAGGCUCCACGAAUCAAGACCAAGAAUUUAGUCAGCAUCAUCUUCUGUGAAGCUGUUGCGAUCUACGGGAUCAUCAUGGCCAUUGUAAUCAGCAACAUGGCAGAGGAGUUUAGUGGAACAACCCCAGAGACCAUCGGAGCAAGGAACUACCAAGCUGGUUACUCCAUGUUCGGAGCCGGCCUCACCGUGGGCUUCUCUAACCUCUUCUGUGGCAUCUGUGUCGGCAUCGUGGGCAGCGGAGCAGCUUUGGCAGACGCCCAGAACGCCAACCUCUUUGUGAAGAUUCUAAUUGUGGAGAUCUUCGGCAGUGCCAUUGGCCUGUUCGGUGUUAUUGUAGCCAUUCUGCAGACGUCGAAAGUAAAGAUGGGCGACUAGAAGGCAUUCACAUGCUGAGAAGAUGAAAAGACACUGCUGGAUAACAAAACAAAAAAGAUGGAUUAUUGUGUAUAUACAUCGUAAAUUAUUUAAAUGUCUCUAUUUGCCUGGUAUUGUUUUUAACCCUCAUUCAUGCAAAAAUUGUCGGCGCAUCCUUUUGUCUGGUAAAAAAUGCGACGGUGGAGCAGGAAGACGUGAUCAUAUGAUCAAUGGUGAGCAUAAUGAGUUGUGCAAACAGAAACAUGAUAUGAAGGGUUUUACAUUAAGAUCUGUUGCAUAAGCCUUUUCUGACCACUCUUGGAUGAAUGAGGAGUUAAAAAUGUAACUAGAGUAUUUGAAAAUGUUUGUGUGUGUGUGCGCGUGUGUGUGUGUGUGUACACUGGAUAUGUGAUUUUUUUUCUUUUUUCUAUUUUCCUGUGAAGCAUGAGGGUGUUUACCAUUGUGUUUGUAGCCUGGUCUGUCUUUUUAUUUUGUUUUAUUUUUUUUGCAUCUGUUCUUUGCUAAUAAGAAAGUGGUCCUUAUUCCACAUUGUCGCCCCAAUUACAGUGUUUGUCAGGUCUCCCUCUUUGGAAGUGAGAAAGAAGUUUUGAAUUAAGAGCACCGCUCUGAAAUCAUAAGUGUGGUAACAGGUCAGUUCGUAUUUGAACAUCUGCUCUAAAUAUGUCAUCCUGUCAUUCAUUCCCCUUUUUUCCUGAUACCGCUGGCACUAUUCUAUGGUUGAGCUUCCUGAAUGUAGCUGCCAGCCACAACUCCCAGUUUUUCUCCAAAGUCUCCGCAAAAAUUUUGAUCCAGUUUUAACCACAUCAAACACUUUUCAGUGUUUUUUUUUUUCAUGGGUAAAUCGAGCAUAGGAAGACGGGGAAGUCAAACGAUAGUGGGUAACUAGUAUACCAUUCUUUUAAAAGAUCCCUUGUCCGAAGCGUGGUGCACAGAGGCCUUUAACAAAGAUAACUGGUUUUAGCAAACCUAAGGUCGUAUGAACAAUAUCGAAAUGGUGUCCGCUCUUUCUCAAUACAUUGUUCAGAGAGAAAUGGGGGAUGAUUUGUGUUAGAGAGCCUUACACUAGUGUUACCUUAUACCCUGUGGUAACAGCUCUUUUGGGUAUAGAUGCAAUGGUCCUCUGAUUGUAUUUUAAAAGAUUUUGUGUGGACUAGUGCCCAAGACUCAGGGUAGAAACUGAACUCCAUUACAUCAUCAACGUUAUUGAUACAAAAUUUCGAUUUCAUUUUUUCACACAAAAAUCUCAACUGUUUUCAACUGUUCGUGUCUGGGUCCUGCAAGUAUUUUCUAACAUUCCUUAAGAUUUUUUUUUUCGUGUCUGUGUGUUAAACUGAGUUGUGUGUGUGUGUGUGUGUAGAGUUCACAUGGAAUAGCAGAAAAACUCCAUCAAAGCUAUAUAGUCUUGAGUUUGUACAGACACUCGUGUCAGCUGGCCGCUGUACAGUGUUUCAGCUGCAUCCCUUUUUAUGUUAACUUGGAAUCUGGGCAAAAGGUUAUUUUUGUCAUUAGUUUCCUGAAACUGGUUGCCAGCUCCCAGUAUAAUUAAGUGGAUCUGGGCUUUGAUUGCAAAAUGGUCCAAAAUUCAGUCUAAUGUUUGUUAAUGACAUAUUUAGAAAUACAUUUUGUCCUUGAGGCAUCAUUCCACAGAGAUGACAGACCACAGCUAAUUGUGAAUUUGAUGGAAAUCUUUCUUUUAUUCCCUGACCCUCCUUGUGAUGUUCUGAAAGAGAAUAAUUAACAUUGAAUCUGACAUGGGGAAACCGAAUGGACCUAAAGAAUAUUUAGACCUGACCUCCCUGGGGUGCAACAUCAUCUUUGCCCUCACGAUGGGUUUUAUAAUCAAACCUAGAUCAAACUCCACCAGGCUCUUUGCCAAACCCCUGGCUUUCAGUGACUGUAGUUGGUACCGUGUGUUUACUAUGUUGAUGUGAUGGUGAUCGAAUAUUAACAAUGUUUUUGACAUUGUGUAUACUAAGAAAAACAGAUCUUCCUUCUGGCUUCAUAAAUGUCCUUGAGAAAAUAAAACUGUCCAAUCAAGA